CUCUAUGGUUCUUCUAUGUCAGAGUCGAUGUGGGGAACAGAGCCUAGAGAGCUAACAACCCAACUUGGCGCAGAGAUGGCCUCAGUUGAUGGGUUUAUGGGAAGUAGUUGUUGUUUCAAUAUGGCAUCCAAGAAUGGCACCGACUGUGCGUACCAUAAUCAUGACUUGAAAUAUCCUGGCCAUUCUGUCGACAGCACUGGAGAGCACUUACCAGAGGCAGUGAAUGGAGACCCCGCAUCGUCUCCCUCAGGGAACUACCAGACACCUGUGAUAGGGGCUGUUGACCUUGUGCUUCCAUUUGCGGUCAGAGAUGUCGCUGAUUCAGGAAGCAACAGUGUUCAGAGGAUGGCUGGUGAUGACAUCAUCCGAGACUGCUCUGGACAGGCCAGCGUCGGAAGCGAAAAUAUUUUGCUAGCCAUGGAUAUUCUAGAGGCUACCCAGUCGCGCGUCCUUGCUCUCGGAACGCUGUUCCCGACGCGGUGCCAGCUGAAAGAGUAA